AUGACGGGCAAAGUCAGGACAUUGAGUACCGUGGCCACAGGCGCACCGGGUCUGUACCGUCCCUUGGACUCCUCAAUCCCCGAGAUACGGCUUUUCGCCCUGGAGCCCGCACAGACGGACGAGGAGGCAAUCGUAGGCCAUCUCCAAACCGUCCCCCUCGGCUCAGCCCCAGCGUACGAGGCCUUGUCCUACAAAUGGGGGAAGCCAGUCUAUUCCGAACCCGUCACCAUCGGGGGACACACCGUCCUCGUAACCCCAAACCUUGCAGUAGCUCUUCGAGGUCUGCGGCACCAGGAUAGACAACGUGUCCUCUGGAUCGAUGCCCUGUGCAUUAAUCAAGAAUCCCUCCGUGAGCGUGCCCAACAGGUAUCGCUCAUGAAAGAGAUUUACUCCUGCUGUGUCUGUGACCUGUUAUGGCUCGGACCUCUUUCUGAACCUGAGACGCAGUCUUGGACGCCCUCAGAGGAAAUCAUGGGCCAAGGCUUCGAGUUGAUGCGACGCCUCGUCGGCCGGGAUAUGACGGUGCUGAACCCAAUGAUGAAGGAGUGGAAGGACCAUAAACAGCUGGAAGAGAAGUGGCGUGCAUCUUACCAGUCUACUGAUAACGAUCUAGACAAUCAACUCGCAGGAGAGGAAGCUUUAGGGGGGGAGGAGACGGAAGACACGGGAACUGGAACGGGCAGUGGCAUCCAGGAUUGCAUGCUAUCUUCAAAUGAGCAGUGGGCGUUGGAAAGCGCCUUCGGCCGACCGGAUGUGCUGAAGCGAUUGUGGGUUAUGCAGGAGCUCUCUAUUGCUCCCAAAGUACAGCUUGUUGCUGGCCGCCACACGCUCGACUGGGACGUUGUCUCCAAUUUCUUGGGCGACACGCCAUACGCCGAUGCCUUCCACGGCACGUUUUCUCACGGCACCGUCGACCAGAUUUCGUACUGGAUCUUUGAGAAAGUCCAGAUCAUCGAUCAUCAAAGACGCAUCUUGAGGCAGGAAGGCGAGUCGAAGCUCCUCGACGUUCUGGCGCGGUUCAGACGCACCGAUUGCCUGGACCCUCGCGACAAGAUAUUCGGCCUGCUGGGCCUUGUGACUGACCACAAAGACAUCAAAGUCGACUAUGAGAAGCUUCCGGGGCAGGUGUAUGCCGACGUCACGGCCUCUCUCAUCAACCAUUCAGGCAACCUGGAUGUCAUCUGCCAGAGCCCCUGGAGCUCAAGUCGAGAUUACCGUCGCUCGGCAAAAGGCUCCUUGGGAAAUCUACCUUCUUGGGCGAUCAACUUCUUAGCGGACGGGGAAAUUGAGCUCUUUGCACAAAGGUCCAUCUUCAAUGCUGGGAGACCAAGCUGCGAAGUCCCCUGCCGAAGGGUUGGUGAGGAUGUCCUGGUCGCCAAAGGAGUCAUCGUGGGCCGGGUUGGGCCGAUACUACAGGACGACUACCCUCAUGAUGGUAAUAGCUCUGCUCUUCGCUGGAGAUAUGACACUUCUACGCACAUCCCUCUUGACUGGAUGCGUCUUUAUCUGAACUAUAAACAAGUUCUAGACAAAGGAUCAACAGAUCAGUACAUGACUGGCGAAUCGUCCUUCACAGCCUUUUGGCGUACGCUGACGGUUGACUGCGCGGUGUGGCCGAUGGCUAGACUGACGGCUCAACAAAUAAGUGACCAAGACAUGUCUCUCCGCGAAAGUUGGUUACAAUUCCUUGAUGGUGUGACAGACGAAGGAACGAACAAGUCGAAUUUGUAUAGAGAAUAUUUCUCCGCCCCCGAAAUCCAGCGCAUGUGGUACAGGCUGUACACAGAAUGGUCCUUUUCCACGACAACGAACGGUCUAUUCAUUCUGAUCAUACCGCCAACAAGAGAAGGGGACUUCAUUGCAUGCCUAGACGGCGCCAAGCUCCCUGUCGUCCUGCGUCCCGUGCAGCACGGCAGCCGUCAAACAUUUCAGAUUGUCGCCGUUGCAUAUGUGCAUGGUAUCAUGGACAUGGAGGCAACGCAAUCUUCAGAGCUCCGCGCGAAGCUUGGCCUGCAGGACCAGGAGCUUUGGAUAGUAUGA